AUGACGACGGCGGCAGAGGAAGAGUACGGAGCCGGCCAGGAGGCGGAAUCGCCGUACCUGUUCGGGAAAUACGAGGUCGGGAAGCUGCUGGGAUGCGGGGCGUUCGCCAAAGUGUACCACGGCAGGAACGUGGCGACGGGGCAGAGCGUGGCCAUCAAGGCCGUCAGCAAGCGCAAGGUCCAGAAGGGUGGGCUCGCGGCGCACGUUAAGCGGGAGAUCUCUAUCAUGCGCCGCCUGCGCCACCCCAACGUCGUGCGCCUCUUCGAGGUCCUCGCCACAAAAUCCAAGAUCUACUUCGUGAUGGAGUACGCCAAGGGCGGCGAGCUCUUCUCCAAGGUCGCCAAGGGCCGCUUCUCCGAGGACCUCAGCCGCAAGUACUUCCAGCAAUUGGUCACCUCCGUCGGCUACUGCCACGCCAGGGGAGUCUUCCACCGCGACCUCAAGCCGGAGAACCUCCUCCUCGACGAGAAUUGGGACCUCAAGGUCUCCGACUUCGGCCUCAGCGCCGUCCAGAAUCAAAUCGGCUCCGACGGCCUGCUCCACACCUUGUGCGGGACCCCUGCCUACGUCGCCCCCGAGAUUCUCGCAAAGAAGGGCUACGACGGCGCCAAGGUCGACAUCUGGUCGUGCGGUGUCAUCUUGUUCGUCCUCGUCGCCGGCUACCUCCCUUUCAACGACACCAACCUCAUGGCCAUGUACAAGAAGAUUUACAAGGGACAGUUCCGCUGCCCCAAAUGGACCUCGCCGGACCUCCGCCGCUUCCUCUUCCGCCUCCUCGACGCCAAUCCCGAGACGAGAAUCACCGUCGACGAAAUCCAGCACGACCCCUGGUUCAGAAAAGAUUACAAGGAGGCGAAUUACUACCAGGUGGUGGAGGGUUUUGAUUUGAAGAAAGAGGACGGCGGCGAGCGGAGCCUGAACGCGUUCGACCUGAUCUCGUUCUCCUCUGGCUUUGACCUCUCCCGCCUGUUCAACGAGUCCGGCGACGACACGUCCACCUGCGGCGAGCAGUUCGUGUCGGUGGAAACGCCAGAGAGAAUCAUGGAGAGAGUGGAAGAGGUAGCUAAAGAGGAGAGUGUGACGGUGACGGAGAGGAGGAAGUCGGGGCUGAAAUUGGAAGGGCGGAAUGGGAAUUUCGUCAUGUUGCUCGAAAUUUACCGCUUGACUGAGGAGCUGGUGGUGUUUGAAGUGAGGGAGAAGGAGUUAAACGUGGUGUCCGGUCAGGAGAUCUGGAAGUACAGGCUAAAGCCGCAGCUCCGCCGGUUGGUAUACCAGGCCGGAAGCGCCGUCUCCGGUGCUUGA